AUGGCCUUCGGCUAUGAAGACAAUCAGGGCCUGCCAGGAAUUCGUGGCGAUUCUCGCAAGCUCUCCGGAUUCACCAAUCCCUGCGCAUUCUGCAACGGUGUGUGUCACUGCACGGACAGAGAACACCAUAAGGGCUGCAAAUGUAUUUACAUGGUCGAGAACGCUACGAAGAUCAUUCUCUGA